AUGGCCAGAGUGAUUGGCCAUACUCCGUCGUGGCUUUCUGCCCCAUCGCCGGGCUUCAAUCUAUUCCAGCGCAAUGCCGACACAAAAGCUCCUGCCGCCUUGCGCAAUUCCUCCAACAAGCCAGACUCACGCGGCCCUACACGAACCAUUGCCCACCGCGGUACUGAGAUCUUUGUCCUGGUUGGCAAUGAGAUUCGCUGGGCCGACCUGGUCUCACUAAAGGACCAAGACCAAGACAACAACGACCGUCAAUCCUACAGAGUCCUCAAGACGCCCGUCGCAGCCCAGAUCAAGCAGCUUGUCGUCUCUCCCCAAGGCGACUACCUAGCCAUCCUCACCGACCACACUGUACACAUCGCCGUCUUGCCCGAUCCGUCACAUCUCUCCGUCCAAGAUGCCUCUCCUCUGCGCAUAAAGACUUUCCAACUGGGCCCCACAGCACAUGUGCUUGAACAAGCCCCCGUCGUCUCUGCGCUAUGGCACCCUCUAGGCCAUAUGGGUAGCUGCCUGGUCACUGUCACAAAAGAUGCUUGCGUGCGUCUAUGGGACCUCAACCGUGAUUCACGCGCUUCCUUUGAUGAGCCAGAGCUCGCCCUCGACUUGAAGAAGCUUGCAAAUGCCACAUCUGCCGACCAGGACUUCUCUGCUUCCAAGUACGGCACCAGCAAGGGUUUCUCUCCGGAUUCGGUCGAGAUGGAAGUCGCCGCUGCUUGCUUUGGUGCUAGGGCCACCUCGGACGAGCACGGCUGGUCUCCCAUGACCCUCUGGAUUGCCAUGACCGAAGGAGACGUCUAUGCCCUUUGCCCUCUGCUUCNNCCUUCCAAGUGGGAACCUACCCCAACCACUAUUCCUUCCCUGUCGACUGCUGUCGUAGCCAAGGCCGAGGUCAACUCUCAGUCAGAUCCUACUCCUGAGGAACGCCGCAUUGUCGACCAACAACAGCGAUGGCUCGCUGAUAUUGACAACCAGGAGCCUCUGGUCGUUUCUCAUGUCGACACCCUGGCCGAAUUCGAAGUCUACAGCCGCCCCACUAAUCCACCUGCUAUUCCGAAGCUGCAAGGUCCUUUCUAUCUUAACCCCGAACCUGACUACAACAAUAUUACCGAUAUCUUUGUCAUUGCUCCCCGUCUCGAUGACGACGCCCUGAUGCAGGAAGAGGACCAAGAUGACUUCCUCGGUCACGACGGCCUUUCUGUCGGCAUAGUGUGCUUGGCUACUGCUUCUGGAAAGGUCCACAUCUGUCUGGAUCUUGAUGGUGUGGAGGCUCAGUGGCUCCCCUCAAGACGUGCUGCUUUCCGUCGUCGCUUUGACGAAGACGAGGCUGUCUCUGAACUGCUUCUUGUCGAAACAUUGACUACCCCUGAAACCACAAACUCAUGGCCUAUCUUCACUUCAACUACCAGCCGCUAUGGCUUCUUCCUGAGCUCCAACGCGGGCAUUUUCAACAUUUCUCUAGAAUCUUGGAUCGCUCCUCUGGAGGAUGAAUUGAUCAGUCCUAGUGACUCUGGCGCUGCAUUCCGUCUCGAUGUCUUGUUUGAUGUCGAAAAAUCCACUGUCGACCAUAUUCUCAAACGUACUGCUGACGCUGGAGAUGCUCCUGCUUGCGUCUCGAUAGUCGAUUCUGACCUGGGCCAUUUCGUCCUGACCGCAACCUCUUCUCAGCCUCAAGCCGUGAUCCUCGACCUCCCCGUCGACCGCUCCCUCUAUGCUUCGUUCGCUCCCGAUGAGGCACCAUUAGCUCUUCCCGCACCUGAUGUUCGUCAACCAUAUCAACCCGCUGAGGCUUUCUUCGCUGGCUCUGCACUUCCUGGCUUCCUGGACACCGCCGUGCAAAGAAACACACAAUUAAGAAAGGCAGAUCUGAAGACACAAGUCCGCUUCUCUCCCGCCACAUUGGAACUACUUACUGAUGCACACCGCCUGCUAUCCACCGAAACAAGCCGACUGGGUGCCGCAGCUGCCGACCUCUUCCGUCGCUGUGAAAGAAUGCGCGCCGAGCUGUCAGAACAGAUCCGCCAAGUGGAUGAGAUCUCAAAGCGUGCAGAAGCCGUCACAGGAGACGACGACGACGGCCAAGAUGCUGAUCAGCCUCGCCUAGUCGGCAAAGACAAGAUUGACGAACGUAUGGAGAAGGCACGCAAGCGAUCCAAGGAACUCGCUCAGCGUGUUGAAGCCAUGCGUCGCCGCAUGGCAAAGGAAUUAGGUGGCAAAGAGCUGAGCAUAAAGGAAGAAGCUUGGGCAGCAGAAGUCACUGCCCUCUCCACCAGUCUCGGCGAAGCAGAACCCUCGACACCUGCCAUCGAAGAGCCUACCCCAGCAGGAGACGAUUUGACAUCGCGCUUAGAAGCAGUCGGCGAGCUUCAAAGAGCACUCGUAGCCCGCGCGAAGGAAGCAGCUGAACAGCAANAAGCACUCGCACCAACAACCCCGACACAAGACGACGAAAACACAGAAUCUCAAGAUUUGAGCGCGAGUCAGUGA